AGAGGGGGGAGAGAGAGAGAGAGAGAGAGGCAUUUCAGCUUUAGCUUAAUUGGCUUAUUUCCUCAAACCGAUUGCUUUGUCGCGUUUCUUUAUGUAUUUUUGGUUGCAAAUUGCGAAGCGAUUAACUGGAAUGGGUGUUGGAGUGUGGGGGAUAGCAUAGGAAAGUACUGGGAACCGUCAGUCAGUCGCGGUGGCCUUGAGAGAUCAAAAGGUGCUGAAAGCCCCCUGCCCGCAAAACACACCUCUAGUUAUUGGGGCGCGAGAGAAAUGUAGAUUCUAAUAAACAUGGCUUGCAGGAGUCGAUGAACAAAGGUACUUAAUGCGGACCUAAGCCUCCGCUGAUAUUGUUCCGCUAGCAGUAUCUAAAUAUUCAAAAGCGAAGUGUAAGUUGAUCAACAAACGCCCUAAUGGUAUUGGGCUUUUUCCCUUUUCUGUUUUUGUGUGGAGGGUGGAGAAGAGGGGGAGGGUGGAUGGGUGGGGGAAAUCCGACAGCUUAAGGAGGCUUGAAUUGAAUAUGCACCCAGCGGCAGUGGUCUCGUAGGAAAUGGUGUUCUCGUAAGUCAGGCUGCCCCGCUCAAGCACGAGAGAGCUUUGGUUAGAGCUCAGAGCGUCAGUUCUGCUGCGAGUGCUGCCGGCAGUCGGCCCGGGUUGAGCUGUCCACUCGUCCAGGUGCUGAAGCUGGUGGAACAUUGGGGUUCUCUGGCUGCCAUGGCACUCAAUCAAACCACCUAGAGUGGACUGGCCGAGACCAGACUGGGUACCAAGCAGAGAAGUGCAGAGGAAGGCACUGGGAGAGCACCAGAAUUGGAAAUAGAGCGGCCAUUUGGAUUUGGGCAGGAAGCAGCCGAGCACAGCUUUGGAUCCUUCUUUAGGGAAAUCGAGUUAUGGAUUUAUGGUCCCGGUCAAGCUCAGCCCAUCCCCAGCCAGGGGCGGGCUCAGCGAGCAGCAAGAGUUCUGGUGGCGGCGGCGGCGGCAGUAGCAGCGGCAGCGGUAGCAGCGGCAGCGGCAGCUUGGUCCUCUGACUCUCUUCGGUGACGGGUAUUCUUGGGUGGAUAAUACGGAUUACGUUGUUAUUGCUUAAGAAUACGCGUAGUCGAGGAGAGUACCAGCGGCAGGGGGGCAGCGGCCGCCCUCCCCAGCCCACCAGCUGGCCACUAAACGCCCGUGGUUGCCAAGGUAGCACUUUCUUGUUCUUUUCAUUUCCUCGGGUGUUUUCGCACUGGUUCCACCGGAAAGGCUGUGCGCUGCGCCUCUGGUGACCAGGACUGGAAAAUGGGUUCGCGCAGGGGGCGGGGGGCAAGGUGAAGGGGAUGGGCGGGGAGAGGAAGGGGGUCCGUUCCCCCGAGCCUGUGGGGCGGUUCUGCGUCCCCUGCCCGCUCCUCUCAUCUCCACGGUGGGGUGCGACUCGGGGGAGACACGCGUUCUGGGCAAUUUUCUAAAGUUGGGAACGACUGAAAGGCCUUGACAGUUUGGGAGCGUCGCGAGUGAGGUGCUGAAGCUGGGCAAAGGGUCGCUGGGGGCUGCCUCCGCAGAAAGGGCGUGUCCGUGGGCGAAGGUGCCCCCACAAGCCUGCGGAAGCGCGUGACUUCGCGAAUCCCGGGCCCGGGGCGGUGCCGGAGCCCCACCCCCGGCCGGCCGCGCCGCUCCGCAACCAGACUAGGCGGUCGAGCUGGGGAGGGGGCGGGGGUCCGGGGGCUGGGUCCCCGCGGAACUUCCAGAUCGGAAGUGUGGCGGGUCUCUCAGGAACGCAUAUUUUCUUUUCGGAUUCUCCGAGAAGGGGUGGAGAAACAGGAUGGGAACCGGAUUGGUUGCAGUGUGGCACAGACCUGGAACCUUCCUGAAAGAGGUUGGGGCAGGCAGUGACUGUUCAGACGUCCAAUCUCUUUGGGACACCUCUUCAGCGCUGUCUUCCCUGCCUCUGCCUUUAGGACGAGUCUCAAACACCAACAAACUCAAGGCACGUCCCCUCUCUCAGGUCAGCUGCGAAGGGACGGGAGCAAGAGAGAGCCUCUCCCUCCUUCUACUUCGAGUUUUUGUUUGUUUCAAAAUAUUAAUGGACGAUAAAACAACACGGAUUUGUCACCUCCUAGCGAAGAGGAAGCUACCGCCACCAACCCCCUCAAGCAUGCCCGGGCACUUCUGGGGACAAUCGGACGUGGCAGGAGUUGGCAUGCCCAAGAUGGAGCUGGGAAGGAUGACCCAGAGUGGAAGGCGUGGGCCAGUGAUCCAGGUCUCAGCUUUCGCCGGCGUCGAACCACACAACUUUGCCAGCUUUGCACUUUGCCUUUCCCUAUUGUGAGGCAUCUGGGACCGUCCUAUCAAGGCGCUUCAAAAGUGUAAGGACAGAGUGCUGGGGACAAGAACGUACCAGGGGCCCAGAAGAAUUCACUAGCGCGGCCAAACACUAAGACCAGGUUUCCUCCCUGCGUAGUGGUCGUUGGUUGUGCACGGGCUGCGCACGAAGACUGAAUUUCUGAGAAAUGGAAACUGCAGGAGAAAAAUCAAAUAAACUUAGAGGCCUGCGAAGCUCUCCCUCUCGUCGCUCUGGGAUCCCUCUAAGCUGACCUGCAACUCAUACACCUUCUCCCCCUGGAGGAUGGGCCUUUCCCAGGCACGAAGUGCGUCUGCCCCACUGUGCUCUUGCCCACAAGAGUGGUCUGAAUCCUGGAGAGGCUGAUACCGAGGUGUCUUAAAGGAGGCAGACACACUCUCAUGCUUCCCCACCUAGGGUUUCGCCUUUCUUCUAAUAUUUAGGAUUCCCAGUGAAGGGUGCUCCACACACACCCUCUCCCCACCCCUAAUCCCACCCCAUUGUGUCUGAUCCCACAAUUACUCCCAGGGUAUCUAUACUCACAGUUUUUGCGCUCAAAAAACAUUGCUGUCUGCAGGGAACGGGUGGAGCCCUUCUCAGAAGCUCCCGGGGGCGAGUCCAUUUUAAGAAUGAGUUGAAGUAGGAAAGAAAACACAGAUGCUGUCUUUGCAUUCGACAUUCUAUCACCAGCAAGAGAAUAUGUAACUCCUGUUCUUUCCUUCAUUAUUCCAUGAAUUACCUUCUUUCUCUAGGGAUCCACCAGUUGGUGAUUUAGGGCUUUUAAAUAUUGUGCUUGUUAUGUAUUUAACAAAAUGCAAUAUGUCUACUGGUGGCAUUGUUUCAUUGGGAAAUUAGAAAAGUAGAAGCUACAUACUUUAGCUCCUAGGUGGUCUCUAGAAAGUUGGCCUCAUGCUGGUUGGCUAAAUAAGAAGUGUUUAGGAUUUGAAAGGAAGAAAGAGAGUUGAAGGCCUGGUGACAGAGUUUGUGAGAAACCAAAGAUGUAACACUCUGGCAUUUGUUGAGGGGAUGAGGAAGAACUUUUGAAAAAUAAGCUAUUCUAUUCAGUUUCGUGCAGAUUUAUUGCAGUUGCUUCAUCGAAGAAGAGUAAUGUUUAGAGUGGAAUAAUUGCAGAUGCUAGUGAUUAAAUCUAAAGGAAACCUCUACUCAUAGUUAACAAAGUAUUUUUGUUGUUGUUGUUUAAAUACUUAUCUCAUUGCUUUCUUUCCUUUGCAGAAUCAUUUUCCUAUAAAAACUUCCAUUAGGUGUCAGUCUGACUGAACUGGUUCUUAUUUAAGUUUGGGGUGAAAAUGUUCCAUCAUCAGACCUUUUAAGAUAAGAAAGUGGGAAAAAUUAAAACUUUAUUAAGUUGAAAUUACUGGAGGUAAUUUUUAUUGUUACAAGGCAGCUUUUUUCUUUCCAGAAAAAUAAUUUAAAAGUCUAUCACCACUAGUCAAUUACUGAUUUUGCCCUGUCACUGUCCAUAGCCAAGAUUAAGGAAGUACAAAAUGCUUGUUUGUGCUUUUCAUGCUAGAUCCAAGUAGUAUUAAGUAGUCAUAAUUUUUGGAUGGCUUUUCAAUUGAUGUCCUAAUACUAGAAGGGUAAGCAGCCUUUUCUAAUAUUUGUUUUGCUUUACAAAGGUGAUAUAAAUUUUUCCUGAAAAAAGGAACACAGAUUCAGCUUAAGCUGUUCAUUUGACAAUACUGAGGGCACAGUAAAGGAGAAGGGAGACAAAUUGUGAAAAUUACUUUUGUCCACCAGUUUUACUUUAAUAAAGCCUGCCUAAAUACUCAGAAUUUAUGAACACAAUUUGUGAUGUAUAGGUGGGAGAUUUUAGGUUGCCCAUUUAAAUUUAUAUAAUGUCUAUAAAUGAUCAAUUUUAUACUAUAAUAUUCAUUAAUAAGUGUAAGAAGAAACAUCAGCUCGAUUGGUCGUUUGCUACCGGGUCCCAAGUAAGCAGAUUGAUAGAAACUGCAUUUUUCAGAAAAUUUGCUUAUUUUAUUCUUUGUAUUUGUGAAUCCUGUUCUGAUGUUGUUGCUUGAAUAGAAUUGUGGGGAGUGGUGAUGGUAUUCAUGGUUAAAGAUCCAUAGAGCAUCAUGACAACCCCGUGAACUUUCCCCGAGGCCAUUGUGAGCCCUAGAAUGAUGUGGCUGUUGGUGUCAGAGCAAUGGCAAUCUAGAACCAGAACAGAGGUCCCAGUGAAAGUCCAAGCAAAGGCAAGAAACGAUGAAGUAGCAUUCUGAUGGAAGGAAUAUUCCAUAAACCCUAUUAUCAAUUUUUGUCUUAUGUUCCACAUUAGUCAUGAGAAAUAUUCAAAUAUAAAAAUAUACAACAAAGGUAGAGAUGAUGGGUGUAUUGGGAAACAUUUUUGUGUUUUAUGUAGGGCAGAGGAGAAGUACUAAGGACAUAGAAGGAAAGACAGCAUAAGGCCAUCACAGUUGUUCACCAUCUUGUCAAUAUGUACAGGUGCAGCUACCAUUGUAUUACAGAAAUGACAGAAUGAUGUUCUUACAGUGUUGGAAAGUAGUGUAUUCUGCAUAGGAGACUUACUAUUUAAAAGUAAAUUUCUUUUGGAUGUAUUUUCAGUAAGAAGAAAAAAUGGAAUAAUGACAUCAGAAUAUUUAAGGACUUUUAAAUCAUUUAGCUAUUGAAUUUAGUUAUUGAUAGCUGUACAACUAUAAACACGAAUGCUAAAUAGAUUUUAAGCAAAUAGCUUUGUAGUACAAUUUGUUUUUUAAAUGUUUUCAGAUUUUUAUCUUAGUGCUUAUACUUUAAAUCAUGACUUACAAGUCUUAUGUUUAAGUCUAGAAAACAUUUUGUAUGAGUGUAUAAAAUAAACAUUUUAGUUGAGGAAACAAUGCAGUUCAUCCAAAAAAAACAUAAGCCAGAAAAGAUAUAUUAUAAAAUUUAAAAUUUCUUGAAAUGUGUUUAUUACCCAGUAAUUAGUCGAGUUUGUGGAGGGCAGCCUAACAAUAAAAUCAGUAUAUCUGUAUAUUUGUAUCAUUGACCAGCUCAAAAAUGUAUUGCCAACUAUAUCUUGUGAGUUCUGAGUUCUGUUAUCCUGGCUAAUAAUAAUGUGAGCUAAGCAAGGCAGUCUGAUCUUCAACACAAUUAAAAUAUUAUAAUGCAUAUGCAAGGGUAAAGACAACACUUCAUUUGCUUUGUUUGUGGAAAAGCCCUUUGAGACUCCUAGUAUUUGAAAAUAUAUACAUAUAUAGUAGAUCAAGCUAGAACCAAAUGUUAAAAACCUGAGUCCUAAAGCAUGCAGUUCAAAGAUUUUAAAUAAGGGUUAUUGCCUUUAUUAAUUUUAAACCAAUACUGAAUCUCAUUCAGUUAAAUUACGAACUAAAGAAGACAUAUUGCUGGAAUCUGUUAAUACUAUGUUUUCAGUUCAAAUGCAAUUUAUAUCAUAAUAUGCUUUUUAAAAAGUUGACAAACUAUAUUACAAUAGUGACAUAAUUGCAUAAUUUGAAAGUAGUGUCUAUUUGUAAACUUGAAUGAAAUGUGUGCUUUUUGGAAACACUUUUUUUGAAAAGAUUAUUUUUAUAAAAAUGAUACAUUUUAAUUGGAAAAUUGAUAUUUCUUGCAAUUUUGUUUUUAAAAUUUGUAUUCAAUACAUGAGUGAGUAUUAAUUGUUUGAAGCUUAUUUUUGUCUCUCUAAGCUAGUGUAGUCAAUUUCAAGAACUGGUUCAAACAAGUCUCAAGAUAAACUAAAAAUUACUCAUUUAAAAUAGUUUUUUAUAUAUCUGCCAAAUAGUCCGCUAGUUUUUGUACUCCAAGAAGAAUGAAUGAAUGAAUGAAUGAAUGUCAUGCCUGCUAUUCUGUCAGAAGCAGAUAUGAGAAAAAGAUCUUUUCCUUUGUAAAAGAAAUAUAUCAUGAUAAGACUUCCAAAUAUCCUGGAUUGUUUUACAGGUAACUACACAGGAAUUAAAGUUGUAAAAUGAUUACUUUAUGGAUCCAGUUUCAUGUAGUUUUUUUCAUAACUGUUAUUUAUAUAGGAUUUGGUGUUUACUGAAACAAAGCAAAUUAGAGAAUUGAGGCCGUUACACGGAGAAAUCUCAAAUUUCAUUUUGUCCCUCAUGACAUGAUACUUAAGGAGAGAGAAUCUCUCCUGUGGUAGAAAGAACUUUGGAAUAAGACUAGAAAUUCUGAUUUCGAGUACAGAUUCUGUUGUGAACUAUGACAAUGGACCUGUCACACAGCUUGCCUUGUCUUCGGUUGUCUCAUCCAUAAGAAGGGCUAGAUUUAGAUUCGCUUAAAGCCUUUUUACCUCUUUAGGGUUCCAUUUCAAAGAAAGUCUUUUUUUUUUUUUUUUUUUUGGUGGUCUGAAUUCUAUUCUUCAUUUCAUGUAAAGAUGGCGUGCCAAUUGAUAUCACAACUAAGAGAGAAGCUUUUAAAAAGUAUUCACCAACAUUUUGUCUUGGUAUUAAAUAAUAAAAUGGUCUUUAAGAUUUUUACUUAAAUUCUUAAAGCAUGAAACACAUGGAAAUAUUUGUUGCUUUUUCAUACUUCAUUUUUUAUUUGAAGUUUUA